CUCUAAGGUGUCUUCUGUGCGGCAGAGAAGGAUUCAAAACGAAGGUGAAUCUCUAUAGACUCUUCCUGUCAACAGGAGUCAGCUUGUUACCCAAAGGAAGAUGGAAAGCAGGAACACCAGCAGAGAGUAUCUGAGCAUGAAUGCAACUGUCACACCUUGGGUGAAUGAAAACAUAUGGCAGGAUCUAAUUGACUGGAUGAACUUUUAUAGACAAAUGGAAAUGCCUUUGCUGAUCUCAGCCGUUGUGGAACUCUCUAUUUCCCUUGUGGGGCUGGCAGGAAAUGCUGUGGUGUUCUGGCUCCUGGCUUUCUGCAUGCAGAGGAAUGCUUUCUCCGUCUAUAUCCUCAACUUGGCAGGAGCUGAUUUUGUCUGUCUAUGCACCCACAUGGUAUCCUCCAUAAUGGAUUUUUUCAAAUAUAGCAAACUAGUAUACAGCACCAACCUGUUACGAGUUUUUAUGGUAGGAUAUGUCUUUCCCUAUGUUGCAAGCCUGAGCAUUCUCACUGCCAUCAGCACUGAGCGCUGCCUGUGUGUCCUAAAGCCCAUCUGGUUUCGUUGCCAACGCCCAAAACAUAUGUCAUCUGUCAUAUGUGCCCUGCUCUGGGCCCUGUCCCUGCUCCUGACCAUCCUGAAAAUGGCAUUCUGUGGCUUAUUGUCUUAUCCUUUUGAUGAAUAUUUGUGUAGACUGAUUGAUUUCAGCAUUGCAACAUUGUUGACUUUCUGCUUUACGCUUCUUUUCGGGUGCAACCUGGUUCUGCUGAUCAGAUUGUUGUGUGGCUCCCAGAAGAUGAAGCUGACCAGGCUGUAUGUGACCAUCGGGUUAAAUGUGCUGGUCUUCCUGCUCUGUGGCCUGCCAUGGGGAAUCAGUUAUUUUCUCAUAUGCAGGAUGCCAACUUUGUCUUACAAGGACAACUUUAAAUUACUUGUAGCAACUAAUGUAUUAACCUCUGUCAACAGCUGUGCCAAUCCCAUCAUUUACUUCUUUGUUGGCUCUUAUAGACAGCAGCAAAGACAGCAAAGAAGGAGCCUCAAAUUAAUUCUGCAGAGAGCUUUGCAGGAUGUUCCCGAGGAGGAUGGAAAUCAAGGCAGCAAUCCUCAGCAGACUUGGAAGAUGUCAGGAAAUAUUCAUGUGGCCUAA